GGGAUCUGGGGCGGAGCGAUUCUGCAGGCGGGGCGAUUCUGCAGGCGGGACUAGUGUCUCUACGCCAUGGCGGCCCUGCGUGCUCUGCUGCCCCGAGCUUGCAGCUCGCUGUUGUCCUCGGUCCGCUACCCAGAACUUCGGCGCUUCGCCUCGGGUGCUAACUUUCAGUACAUCAUCACAGAAAAGAAAGGAAAGAAUAGCAGCGUGGGCCUGAUCCAGUUAAACCGCCCCAAAGCACUCAACGCACUUUGCAAUGGCCUGAUCGAGGAGCUCAACCAAGCACUGGAGACCUUUGAGAAAGAUCCUGCUGUGGGGGCCAUUGUGCUCACUGGUGGGGAGAAGGCAUUUGCAGCUGGAGCGGACAUCAAGGAAAUGCAGAACCAGACAUUCCAGGACUGUUACAGCAGCAAGUUCCUGAGCCACUGGGACCAGAUCACCCGGGUCAAGAAGCCGGUCAUUGCAGCUGUCAAUGGUUAUGCUCUUGGUGGGGGUUGUGAACUUGCCAUGAUGUGUGAUAUCAUCUAUGCCGGUGAGAAAGCCCAGUUUGGACAGCCAGAAAUCCUGCUGGGGACCAUCCCAGGUGCAGGGGGCACUCAGAGACUUACUCGUGCGGUUGGCAAGUCACUAGCAAUGGAGAUGGUCCUCACUGGUGACCGCAUUUCAGCCCAGGAUGCCAAGCAAGCAGGUCUUGUAAGCAAGAUUUUUCCUGUUGAAACACUGGUUGAAGAGGCUAUCCAAUGUGCAGAAAAAAUUGCCAGCAAUUCCAAAAUUAUAGUAGCCAUGGCGAAAGAAUCUGUGAAUGCAGCCUUUGAAAUGACCUUAACAGAAGGAAAUAAGCUGGAGAAGAAGCUCUUCUAUUCUACCUUUGCCACUAAUGACCGGAGAGAAGGAAUGGCCGCAUUUGUGGAGAAGAGGAAGGCCAACUUCAAAGACCACUGAGAGCUGGCAGCUGAGCCUUGUGUGGCCCUGGAGAAGAACGCUCAGCCUGCCAGUUGAGAGGCAAAUAAAUUCUCCUGAAGGGUAGCGUAAGCCACAGUUCCUACCGCAGGCUUUGGGGCUGUGGCCACAGCUCAGGUACUCGUGGUGUGGCCUGCAACCUUCAACAGUGUUGGAAGUCAGUCUUUCACAGUCUUCUAAAUCAGAAAUCUGGGAAGCUUUCAA